UCCGCUCCCUCCGUCGCCUUCGAAAUCGAGACCCGACGCGAAAAAUAGCCAUUACCAAAGCCGUAAGCCUUGGGGAAUUUUCACGGUGCGCGAUCCCGCGCUUGAUGCCCCCACCAUGGCGUCCGUAUCGUUGUCCGCAUCGUCGCAGGCCGGCCUCCUCCUCCUCCCGCUGCCGCUCCUGCAUCCCGCCGCCGCCGCCGCCGGGGCCUGCCUCCGUUACCGCGUGCCCAGGCUCCCGCCGCUGGGGCUGUCGAGCGUGAGGAAGGGAGCGCUCCUGCCGCUUCCGGCGCCGCGGGCGGCUGAGGGGAAGGAUGGGCGGGCCGUGACCAAGGAGGAGGAGGUGGUGGAGGAGGAGGAGGUGAGGAAGGACGGCGAGGAGGAGAGGGGAGUAGGUGGUGGGGAGGCGCGGGAGGAAGCGGCAAAGGGCUCGGGCCGGUUUGCCGCGGAUUACAUAUCGCUCGGCAUCAGGGAGCCCGUCUACGAGGUGAUAGAAGUGAGAUCUAAUGCGAGGGUGUCCACCAAGAAAAUAAGCCGGCGGCAGCUACUGAAAUCAAGUGGCCUCCGUCUACGAGAUACUAGAAGCGUUGACCCAUCACUAUGGUUAAUGAAUUCAAUGCCUUCACUGCUGGUACGUGAACAAGCUAUAUUGGUCAAUCUUGGUUCCUUGCGAGCAAUUGCAAUGCAUGAGCGUGUUCUUAUAUUCAACUAUAACAGCCCAGGAGGAAAGGCCUUUUUAGAGUCAUUACUACCUAGGUUAAAUCCAAGAAACAUCAAUGGUGGGCCUGCAAUGCCUUUUCAGCUUGAGGUUGUCGAAGCUGCACUGCUUUCUAGAAUACAAAGACUGGAGCAGAGAUUAAUGAAUAUUGAGCCUCGUGUGGCUGCAUUGCUUGAAGUUCUACCAAAUCGCUUGACAGCUAAUGUGUUGGAGCAGCUUCGUCUAAGCAAACAAGCAUUGGUUGAGCUGGGUUCACGAGCAGGUGACCUCAAACAAAUGCUCAUUGAUCUCCUAGAAGAUCCUCAUGAAAUUCGUCGAAUAUGCAUAAUGGGGAGAAAUUGUACACUUGAUAAGUUGAGUGAUGACAUGGAGUGCUCUGUUCCUUUAGAGAAGCAGAUUGCUGAAGAAGAAGAGGAAGAAAUUGAAAUGCUAUUGGAAAAUUAUCUCCAAAGAUGUGAAUCGUGCCAUGGUCAAGCAGAAAGACUUCUGGAUUCUGCAAGAGAAAUGGAAGAUUCAAUUGCAGUGAACUUAAGUUCCCGACGACUUGAAGUAAGUAGAGUGGAGCUGCUACUUCAAGUUGGAACAUUUUGUGUUGCAGUAGGAGCAUUAGUUGCAGGAAUAUUUGGCAUGAAUCUUAAAUCAUAUCUUGAGAUGAACGCGUGGGCAUUUUGGGCGACGACCGGUGGAAUAGUAGUUGGAGCAGUAGCUGGAUUUUUCCUCAUGUACUCGUACCUAAAGGCUAGGAAGAUAUUGUGAACCCUGUAGCGUAUGUAUUCUUAGUACUGU